AUGACGAAGAUGAUGCUAAUCUUCUUUGACGCGGAUCAUCCUUCACCUGACGGCAACCUCCUCCGAAGGUGCAGCGAUGAAUUGAUCCGCGGCGCUCUUUGGCGGGCGAUCCAUCCGUCCAUGUAUGUUGAGGCUAAUCGUCCAAACAAGCUGAUGAGCUGUGUGUCACCUCAGGGUAGGGGACACCCUCCUGCCCCACGCACCCCACCCCGUCCUGCUCCUAUAAUCCUUGUCCAAACAAGCGCAAAGAUGCUAAUUGUAUCCCGCUAUAAAUACCACUUGACUGCUGGCGGCCACGGCUUUAUCCGUCACGUCGGCCACCAGGACACAGCAUCUCGUCUUCAGUCCUCUUUUCUUCAGCUUCCCAUUCCGAGAUGUUCCCUCUACCCAUGUUCACCGCCGAACAGGUGGCCCGCGUAUGCGAGAACCUGGAGGAGACCGGCGACAUCGAGCGCCUGGGUCGCUUUCUCUGGUCCCUACCGGCCGGGGAGGCCCUGAACCGCCACGAGUCGGUAAUGCGCGCCCGAGCCCUGGUCGCCUUCCACGGAGGCAACUUCGAGGCGCUCUACCAGAUCUUGCAGAGUCACCGCUUCACGCGGGAGUCCCACGCUAAGCUGCAGGACCUGUGGUUGGACGCGCACUACCGGGAGGCCGAGAGACUUCGGGGACGACCGUUGGGCCCCGUGGAGAAGUACCGCAUUCGCAAGAAGUUCCCUUUGCCCCGAACUAUCUGGGAUGGCGAGCAGAAGACUCACUGCUUUAAGGAGAGGACUCGCAGUUUGCUCAGGGAGUGGUACCUCCAAGAUCCUUACCCCAACCCGUCCAGGAAAAGGCACCUGGCCCAGGCGACGGGACUCACGCCCACCCAAGUGGGCAACUGGUUCAAGAACCGCCGGCAACGAGACCGGGCGGCGUCUGCCAAGAACAGACUGCAACAGGACCCUUCCCUUCUAACCUCGGAUCAGGAGGGCCGCUCCCGCUCGUUGGCGCCCUCGCCCCGCCUCUUGAGGAGUCCCGAGGCUAGCGACUCCAGCACGGGGACCGAGCGCGGAGGGACCGGUGCCUCCACGCCGGAGAUCUCUGUCAGCAGCGAUAGCGAAUUCGAGUCCUGAGAUGGCGUUCGCGUACCAGAGACUGGGCGGUGGGGGUCCGUGCUGUGCCGUCACUGGGCGACUGUAGAAAAACACAAAAUCAGGAGCCCCGAUGGACGACCCAAAGUAACGCCUCGGCUCUUCAAGUGCUUCUUGUUGCUGGAUCCGGCCUGGCCGGUUCUGCAAAAAUACUCAUUCUGUACUUAAGUACAAGUACAGACACUUGUGGAUCAAGACUGAUCAAAAUUCAAACUUGUGGUUCAACUCCUCUGCCGAAGCCCACACAGUAAACAUUCCCAAAAGUGGGAUGGACUUUAAUACAAAAGUAUGAUGAAUUCAUUUAAAGUAUGUUACAAUCUCUGCUCAAAUAGUGCGGUAUAGUUUCCCCAAUUUUUGACAAAUUCACGUAGUGGAUAUACCGAGACCAAAAAACUGUAGCAAGCACUCCAAACACAGUCAACGUGUAACUGCCUUAAAAGGAACUCAGGGCACAGCUCAUCAUUGUUUACCUACUGACGUCCAAACUCGGCACGCGUGCCUCUGGCAGAUUUACUUCCUGAGCAUUUGCGAGGAAAUAAGACAGAUGGUUCAAUGUCAAUAAAUGAAAGUGUUUCUAUCAAAACUCAGACUGCCUCAUUGUCACUGUCCACUAGGGUUGCCAACAGUCCCGGAAUAGGCGGGACAACCCGGAAUUUAGGUGGUUCUGACUGGUACCGUCAGUACCAAUCAGAACCUCCGCGCAAUCCGGGACUGUUAGCAACUCUACUGUCCACUUUGUUGUGUUAGUGUCCCUUUAAGAAAUUUCCCCGUUUAUCAAUGGCAUCACACCAGUGGCAGGAAAUUGAACUGUGGUAA